CCGAGGACCGGGGAAACAAGAUCAGAAACAUGAUAGAACAGGAAAAAGAAAUAGAGAGAUGAGAAGUUGGGUGCCAUAACCAUUUUACUCCUGUUUGUAUUGGCAAAGCUAGGAAGGAAGGGGGACUUCAAUUCACAUGGCAGCAGCUUUUGAUAGCUGCUUUUCAAAAAAAGAAAAAAGAAACAGCUUUUGAUAGCUCUCACAACCAGCUUUUGAACUUAUACCGAGUUGAGUGAAGAUUUUUUCUUGGAGAAAACAUGACAGACGUGCGAUUCGUCUCCAGCAGUAUAGUCCAGGCAGCAUAUCACAGGGCAUCAGGUGAGAGGAUUGAGUUAACUCCAUGGGAUCUUCAGCUCCUUCCAAUAGGGCAAAGCCAAGAGGGACUUCUUUUUUCCAAGCCUAAACCUCCGCAAGGGAAGCAAACUGCAGACACCCUAAUCCACCACUUAAAGACCUCUCUCUCGUGCACUCUAGACUACUUUCCACCCCUGGCAGGUCGCCUGGCAACAACUGAACAUGAAGAUAACACCAUUUCCUUUUCUAUUGACUGCAACAAUGCCGGAGCUUUGUUUAUCCACGCUGCCGCUGAUGGAGUAACCAUUUCCGACAUCAUCAAGCGUGUUUAUGUUCCUCCUAUUAUUCACUCGUUUUUCCCACUGAAUGGCCUCAAGAACUAUGACGGUAUUACUAACCCUUUACUUGGAAUAGAGAUAACAGAUUUUGUAGAUGGUAUAUUUAUUGGUUGCACCAUCAAUCAAGCUGUGGCUGAUGGUACAUCAUUCUGGCAUUUCUUUAAUUCAUGGUCAGAAAUUUCUAGGGUUUCAAUUCACUUAUCCAAGCCCCCUGUUUUUCAACGUUGGUUUCCUGAUGGUACUGAUCUUCCCAUUCGUAUUCCUCCUUAUUUCAAACAAACCUAUGAAGAGUUCAUUGUACCACCUCUACAAGAAAGGGGUUUUCAUUUCGCAAAGGAAAGCAUUGCAAAACUCAAAGCCAAAGCCAAUGUUGAGAUUGGCGCCAACAAAGCCCUGUUGUCUCAUAUUUGGCGAUCUUUUAUCGGCAACAAAACUUUUAACCCUGAUGAAGAGACCAAUUGCGUUAUUGUAGUUGGCACUAGACGAAGAUUACAGGAGCUGCCUGAAACGCAUUUUGGAAAUGCAAUGCUGGGUAGGACUGUAACAAUGAAGGCAAAGGAGCUGCUAGAACAAGGAAAUGGUAACGUGGCAUGGCAAAUGAACAAGAUAAUUGCUACGAUGACUGAAGAAAGAUUCAAAAAUUUCCUAGAGUCUUGGCCAGCAAGCCCUAAGUUGAUCACUUUGAGCGGAAUGACAAACAACGCCCUGGUCACAAGUAGUUCGCCUCGGUUCAACAUGUAUGGUAAUGAUUUUGGAUUGGGAAAGCCAAUUGCAGUAAGAAGCGGGCCAGGAAAUAAGUUUGAUGGGCAGAUUACAUUGUUCCCCAGAGCAGAAGAAGGAAGUAUUGAUAUUGAAGCAUGCGCAGUGGAGGUUAUGGCAAAUGAUCAAGAAUUCAUGGAUAUCUUCACCGUUUAAUGUCCUCCCAAACUCUGAAUCUGAAAAUGCUUUAAUAUUGCCUGUUGAAUAACACAUGUUCUUUGAAGAAUAAUUCGUGUAAAACCUAAUAGACAAUGCCUUACAACUGUCAUGCUUUGAAAAUGAAAAUAAAGUAUGUCAUGGAUGUCGAUUUAAUUUUCUUGCUUUCUUCAA